GAGUUUCCUCUGUGAGGGGAGCUGAGGCAGAUCAGCAGACCAGCCGCGGCGGCUGGAAGCACAGUAAAAACAGCAGCAGCAGGAGAAGAUGGGGAAACUUCAGGAGUUUGAGAUUACUCUAAAAGAUAAUAAAGUGGUGUACAGUCCGGGAGAGUCCAUCUCUGGAACUGUGAAGAUCACCACGGCCCAGCAGAUCCAGUGUAAAGCGAUCAAGGUGAACUGCCAGGGUUACUGUGGUGUGACCAGCAAGGCCAACGACACAGCCUGGACAGAAGAAGAGCAGUACUCCAGCAGCACUCUCUCUGUGGCAGAUAAAGGCACUCUGAAACAAGGCGAGACCACUUUCCCCUUCAAAUUUCUCCUACCAGCCACGGCUCCGACGUCAUAUGAAGGGCCUUAUGGGAGGAUUAUGUAUAGAAUUCGAGCCUUUAUUGACACGCCUCGCUUCGCUAAAGACUACCGGGCUGAGAAGCCCUUCUACAUGCUCAACAACAUCGACCUCAAUGACGUGCCAGACAUACAUGAGCCAAAUUCAACAUCUAUAUCCAAGAACUUCUCCUACAUGCUGGUGAAGAACGGGACGGUGGUGCUGGAGGCUAAAGCUGACCUGCGAGGUUAUACUCCGGGUCAGGUGAUUAAAGUGUCUGCUGAGAUCGACAACACACAAUCAGGAAAGUCCACAGGCCAUGUAGUGGCUAGUCUAAUGCAGAAAGUGACGUAUGGUUCAAAGAGGCCGACGACUGACCUGAGGACGAUAGCGGAGGUGGAGGGAGCCGGAGUGAAGGGAGGGAAAAAGGCGGAGUGGAAGGAGCAGAUUAUUGUGCCUCCUUUACCCCAGUCCUUUCUGGCUGGCUGUAACCUCAUCAAGAUCAACUACUUCAUUCAGGUCUCUCUGAAGUACCCGGAAAUGUUGCUAACUCUACCCAUCCACAUUGGAAACACUGCGGUUGACCCCAGCCGGCAGCUUCCUCCCAGACCACGCCCAACUCCACGGGCAGCUCCGUCUUCUCCUGCACCAGGUUCUCCUAAAAAGCCAGCCACAUCUCGCCCUGCCUCCACCAGCACACCUCCACAACCAGGUCCCAAGCCCGCCCCUCGCCCACGGCCUCGCAGCGCCUACGUCACCCCCAGCGCUCCUCCGCCGGAGCCGGACACGCUGGACGCGGGCGGACGCCAGAGCGAGGAGAUCCCAACCAAGGUUCACUCUCAGCAGCAGGGCGGUGGCUCCGAGGCGGCCGUGUCCCCCAACGCCUUCAGCUACGCUCCAGGCCUCAGUUUUCCACAGAGCCAGCGCACCAACAGCAGCAACGCCAACCCCUCAGCGCCACUCUUCUGCGUCUCCACAGGGGCCACCAUCCCGUUCUUCACGGAGGGGAACGCUGCACCCGUCCCGACCACGUGCCAUCUGGUGCUGCCUCCUGAUUACAGGAGCUCAUCUUAUCCACAUGAGGCUCCACCAUCUUAUGAAGACAGCUGCUCUAAUACAUAAAGGAUUUGUUUGCAGUGUUUACUGAAGAACAACACCUAAAACACACAUGCAGGGCUGGUCAUUCUUGCGGUUUUGGGACGAUGGGACCUUGUUCACACUGGAGGUCUGCGACUUUUGGGACGUUUUCAGCCACAAUGAGUUGGUGUCUGUGAUGCCACUCAUUUAAAUGUACAUUUUUUUCUUUGUAAUCUGUGUUUUUAAUAUUUGGAAAGCCCUCUGAAGGAAAAAGUCAUUAUUUUAAUUGUAUUAUGUUUAUUAUAAAUACUUAAAAAAGCAAUAAAUAAACAGUUGUAUUGUUUUAUUUUAUAAUUUAAGCUUAUUAAGUGAUCGGAAAGGGGCUUUUUAGUGCUUUCAGAUUGCAUAUUGACAAAAACAGUAAUGCUCCAAUGAGUUAUAAGAGUGGAAUUAAACUAUAUAUGUGCGAAUGUAAAUAUGGUCGAUGUAAGUGAUAUUAGAGCAAAAUUAGAGUGAUGGGAUAAAAGGAGGUUCUAAUACCCUGUUGGGCAUGAUUGGGCGUGGAGGUAUACAGGUUCUGUAUGGUAUCCUGCUGCACAUUUACCCAGAGCUGUAGAUGCAGCUGGGCCUGGAGAUCCUGCAUUUUUGUGUAUUACCAAAGCUGGCAUCCCAGCUGCACAUCCCAUCUUAAAAAUGCUUGAUUGUUGAUAAAUCUGGCAACCGGGCAGGCCAAGGAAGUGUUGCAAUCUCUCUGAGACUAUCUACAGUAUCACUGUGUGGAUGAGCAUUGUCCUGCUGAAAGCUUGCAGUUAAAAGUCCUGCCAUGAAAGGCAACAGAUAUGGUUCCCUUAGCAGAGUUUAGAUUUGUUUGAUUUGCACGUGUGUACGUUUGUAGGGCAGAUGUGGAAGCACUAUUUUGAGUGUGAAUAAGCCCUAAAGCCUUUUUCUUGCUGUUUAAGUUUCUGGUUUGGUUCAGUUUUGUUCUUAUCGCAUGUCUGUCAAAUAAUGUGAUUUUAAACCUUGUCUUAUUCACAGUGUUUCCAAACACACAACACAGCUGGGCUAAAAAGGAAAUGUGUCAUUUUGUAUUUACUCUAAUAUAUCCUCCUUUUUUCUACUUAAGAUAUUUAUAAUGAGUAAAAAACUCUGUGUUUGUCCAAAGAUAUUUACAUCACGUGGGAGUGUGGAAUAGAGAUUCUUGUUGUUCAGCACUAAAUACAAUAAUGUUCUAGAUACUGUGUUCUAAUAAAAAUGUUUUGUAAACCAAA